CUUUCCUCAACGGACACCAGCACUUUGGAGGACUCACGAUGGAGGCAUACGAGACGUAUUCAACGCCGCUUGCGAGCCGAUAUGCAAGCAAGGAGAUGAGCUCGCUCUUCUCCCCCGCUACCCGCUUCCGCACAUGGCGCCAACUCUGGCUGAACCUCGCGCUCGCCGAGAAACAGCUCGGCCUGCCGAUCCCGGACGACGCGAUCGCGCAGAUGCGCGCGAACCUCGACCUGACGCCCGAGCAGUUCGCCGUCGCGGCCGAGGAGGAGAGGAAGCGCCGGCACGACGUUAUGGCGCAUGUACACACGUUCGGGACGGUUGCGCCUGCUGCGGCUGGGAUUAUCCAUUUGGGCGCGACGUCGUGCUAUGUCACGGACAACGCGGACCUUAUUUUCCUCAAGCAGGGCUUCGACCAUCUCAUUCGCUCGCUCGGCGUGCUCAUCGCGCGCCUGGCUGACUUUGCGCGCGAGCACCGCGAUCUGCCCACGCUCGGCUUCACGCACUUCCAGCCCGCACAGCUCACGACCGUCGGCAAGCGCGCCACGCUCUGGAUCCAGGAACUCCUCUGGGAUCUGCGCAACCUGCGGCGCGCGCGGGACGAUCUCGGGUUCCGCGGCGUGAAGGGCACGACGGGGACGCAGGCGAGCUUUCUCGCGCUGUUCGACGGGGACCACGACAAGGUCGAGGAGCUCGACCGGCUCGUGACGGAGCUGUCUGGGUUUAGCCAUGCGUACCCCGUCACGGGGCAGACGUACUCGCGUAAGAUCGACGCGGACGCGCUCGCGCCGCUGGCGUCGCUUGGUGCGUCGGCGCAUAAGAUCGCGACGGAUAUCAGGCUGCUCGCGAAUCUCAAGGAAGUCGAGGAGCCGUUCGAGAGCACGCAGAUCGGGUCGUCCGCGAUGGCGUACAAGCGCAACCCGAUGCGGUGCGAGCGCGUGUGCUCGCUCGCGCGGCACCUGACGGUGCUGCACCAGAACGCGCUGAUGACGGCGAGUGUGCAGUGGUUCGAGCGCACGCUGGACGACAGCGCGAAUCGGCGCGUGACGCUGCCCGAGGCGUUCCUCACGGCGGACAUUGUGCUCGCGACGCUGCGGAACGUGAGCGAGGGGCUCGUGGUGUAUCCGCGCGUGAUCGCGCGCCGGAUUGCGCAAGAGUUGCCGUUUAUGGCGACGGAGAAUAUUAUUAUGGCGCUUGUGCGCGCUGGUGGGGACCGGCAGGUUGCGCACGAGCAUAUUCGGGUGCUCUCGCACGAGGCUGGGCGCGCGGUGAAGGAGCAGGGGCUCGAGAACGACCUGCUGGAGCGCAUUCGGAAGGACGCGUACUUUGAGCCCGUGCUUGGGCAGCUGGACGCGCUGCUCGAGCCCACGCGGUUCAUCGGGCGCGCGCCUGAGCAGGUGGAUCGGUUCCUGAAGGAGUAUGUGCAGCCUGCGCUGGACCAGGACGAUGUGCGCGAGGCGGUGGGGAAGGCGGUUAAGGUUGAGUUGAACGUUUGAGGUUUUGGGAUUUGAAGUGGGGUGGUUUUGUAUUUGUAGGGUUCGCGUUAAUGUUAAAAGAAGCUAUGUUGGCUUCAUUGCGACUGCAGAAUCGCAAGAUGAUGAAAAACUAGAUGCAGGAGAUGUAUGUAGCUGAGCUUGGGGGAGAUAAG